UUGGCGGCGUUUGAAUAACCUUUGGGUGUCUUUAUUUUAUCGCAGUGAUGCGCCUGUGGCCGAUAUGGCUGUGUCUAUGGACGUGGAACCUUCUGGCGGGAAAGAUGGGGAGGUGUCGGGCGACAGCACUGAAGCCAUGGACAGUGUCCAGCAGGCGGUGCCCACAGACGAGGCUGAGGAGUCUGUCCGCCAUCUUGGUGGGGUGGAGCUCCAGUGUGGGAUAUGCAUGAAGUGGUUUGCAGCAGACACUUUUGGCCUCGAUACAACCUCGUGCCUCCCCUUCAUGACCAACUACAUCUUCCACUGCAACAUGUGUCACCACAGCGGCAACACCUACUUUCUCCGCAAACAAGCGAACCUGAAGGAGAUGUGCCUGACUGCACUCGCUAACCUGACCUGGCGCUCACGGACACAGGAUGAACAUCCCAAAACUAUGUUCUCAAAGGAUAAGGACAUAAUUCCCUUUAUUGACAAAUACUGGGAAUGUCUGACUACGCGCCAGAGACCGAGUAAACUCACUUGGCCAAAUAACAUUGUGAAGACUAUGACCAAAGAGCGGGAUGUGUUCCUGGUGAAAGAGAAUCCCGAUCCCGGCAGUAAGGAUCCUCAGGAAGAGUACCCCAAGUUUGGACUCUUAGACCAGGAUCUUUCAAGCAUUGGCCCAGCCUACGAUAACCAGAAGCAAGGCAACACCUUAGCUCCAGGAGGAAGUCUCAAUGGUGGCGGAGCUGUUGGGGGAAGCGGAAAAGGGCGAGGAGCCAAACGCAAGCAGGACGGAGCCUCGGGUGGAGCAGCCAAGAGAGCCCGCAGUGAUCCUCUGUUCAGCGCUCAGCGUCUGCCUCCUCACGGUUACCCUCUGGAACAUCCUUUCAACAAGGAUGGUUACCGUUACAUCCUGGCUGAGCCCGACCCCCACGCCCCCGAUCCCGAGAAGCUGGAGUUGGAUUGCUGGGCUGGAAAACCCAUUCCCGGAGACUUGUACCGCGCCUGUCUGUACGAGAAGGUGCUCCUGGCCCUACACGAUCGAGCUCCUCAACUGAAGAUCUCAGACGACCGGCUGACGGUGACGGGAGAGAAGGGUUACUCCAUGGUGCGAGCCUCACACGGUGUGAGGAAGGGGAGCUGGUACUUCGAGGUCACGGUGGACGAAAUGCCUUCCGAGACGGCGGCGAGGCUCGGCUGGUCCCAGCCGCUGGGCAACCUGCAGGCUCCGCUGGGCUAUGACAAGUUCAGCUAUUCCUGGCGCAGUAAACGGGGAACCAAGUUUCAUCAGUCCUUCGGCAAGAGCUACUCUGAGGGCUACGGUCAGGGGGACGUGCUGGGAUUUUACUUGCACCUCCCUGAGGACACAGAGGCUGCUCGAGCCCUCCCCGACACUUAUAAGGACAAGGCCCUGAUUAAAUUCAAGAGCUAUUUGUACUUUGAAGAGAAAGAUUUUGUGGACAAGGCUGAGAAGAGCCUAAAGCCAGCUGCCGCCAGUAAAAUGAUAUUUUAUAAAAACGGCGAGAACAAGGGGGUUGCCUAUCAGGACCUGUACGCUGGGGUUUACCAUCCCGCUGUGUCUCUGUAUAAGAACUGCACGGUGUCGAUCAACUUUGGACCAAAUUUUAAGCAUCCUCCAAACGAUGUGCAGUUCAAGCCGAUCAGUGACAUGGGCUGGUACGCUGUGGUGGAGCACACACUAGCAGACGUGCUUUACCACGCCGAAGGAGAGGUAGACGGGAGGCGCAGUCCGCCAUGGGAGCCGUAAUGCUCUUCCGUCCUGUACAAACAAUCUCUGGGACGUCCGUCUCAAAACGUAGCGCAAGUAUGGACAUCAAUGCAAUGGAAGCACAGAGCCCAUUGCACAUCUCUUAGACUCAUAAACCCAGUAAUUAUGUAGUCUCGGAACAGUUUCUGUUUACUCGGUGCAGGGGGUGAACCCCAAUGGUACCAGCACUGCACCUACUGACGCCACUGAACGCACUGUCCGUAUCUCAAGCAGGAUUUAAGUUGUAUCACGUAUAAGUUCAGUGGGUGAGAUCAGGACGACCAUUUCUUCAGCCCAAGUGCUCCUGUGCCCGGUGUUCCUUGCGACGAGCUAGAUAUUUAGCUGUACGUGUCGUGUGCUUCUGACGAAGUGGAUUCCUCGGUGCCUGGGCUGGUGGGAUGUGCUUGCUGAAGGAAAGGGCCUUAGUGCCUUGACUGCAUAUUGGCCCACCCCACCUCUGCCAAGCCAGUUACCAUCUCAUCCACCGCUGGCCAAGACACAUCCGGGCGACAGAAUUCCAACCAAAUACCCCAACCCGGGAGUGCGUGUGGGGGGAAUUCUGAUCCCUGAUGCGGUGGGAUUCGGAGGCCAAGGAGUGAGGCUAAACCCCCCUCGCUCCCCCACCCCCAACCCAACCCUGGCACUGCACCCCCAGUGAAGUGCCCAGAAACAUGGAUGUCGCUGCAGGUCUGUCUGUCUGUCUCAGACUCCCGUGUGGAAAGGCAGCCAUGACUGACUGAAGGCUUGCAUUUGGAUGUGGUUAUUCUGUAAUAAAAGCUGGAUUUCUUUUUUG